AUGAAGUCCCCGCAAAGAGAUCUUUGGCAGGCAGCUAUGGAAUCACAGAUUUCCAAACUUGAAGCUAUCCCAGCAUGGGAGACGGUUGACCCGCCUACUCCAAAAUCCCGUAUCCUACCGGGAAAAUGGGUAUAUGACCUUAAAAACGACUCAGAGAACAACGUGGAGCAAUUUCGAGCACGCUGGGUCAUCUGCGGGAACUACCAGCGAUAUGGAGUUGAUUUCGAUGAAUGCUCGUCACCAGUCAUUGUGGACCUUCUAGUGAAGCUAUUCAUGACCUUUGUGGCCACGAGAGGCCUCAAAUGGCGUCAAUUUGAUAUGGUAACGGCCUAUCUCAACGCUGAAUUGAAAUCUCGAACAAUCUACAUGAUGCAACCAACAGGAUUCACCGAUGGCCGC